AUGGCAGCGGCGAAAGACGCGCCGGACCUCGGCGCGUACACGGCGCAUGCGGCGCCUGGCGAGAGCGACGACGAAGUAUUUGCGGAGCUGGAUCGCGAGGUGGAAGCACUCAAUGAGGCGGACGCGGACGACGCCGCGCAGGUCGUGGGCGGCACGGGGCGUGGCGCCGACGGCGAUCUAGCUGCGGCGUUCCAGGAGUACCGGCAGCAGCGGCUAGCUGAAAUCCAGGCGCAUGUGGCUGCGCGUACCGGCGCGGACAGGGGCGAUCCUGACCGUGGGCAGUACCGCGACGUCAAAGACGAGAAGGAGCUACUCAGCCGCAGUGUGCGUGAGCCGCGGUGCGUGAUCCACUUUGCCAAGAAAGAGUUUCGGCGGUGCCAGAUCCUCGAUCGGCACCUCGAGGUACGUGUGCGGCGCUGA